AUGGGGACGCCGAAACAACCUACGCCAGAGCCACUGACGCCGAAGAGGACUGUUGUUGCGGACAGCGAGGAUGAAGAUGAAGACGAAGAAGACGAGGAGAUGUUAUUCGGCGCCGCACAGCCAGCUCCUCUACCAGUCCCACAAACCGAACCACCAAAACAACCUCCAUCCCGCCACGAACCAAAAGAAAAUCCACACGCAGGCAAACUCAAGUUCAUCCUCCUCUCCUCCCUCACCCAAGUCCUCACCCCCCUCCUCAAAAAAGACUCCAUCCGAGCCCCCACCGACGCCCUCGAUUUUCACAAGUAA